ACUCUGUUUUACUUAGAGGGCAGUGCGAGCAAUGACAUUGACUGGACUGGAUUAAAGGACAAGGUGUAUAUGUGUCAACAAAGGGACUGGAAUGGGUGGAGUGACCUACCACCCUAUGUACCAGAAAGACCCGCAACUAUAGCUCCUGUUUGGGUUCUAAUUAAAACAAUUGAAGUGAUAGACAGGGAAUUCAUAGGAUAGGAAGCAUGUUAUCCUUGAACUUUUUACCUGAGCAGAGAGGCAAGUGUUAUUGAAUGAAUUGACCAAAUGGUUAAAGCUAAUUGGCACCCCACAAAGCCAUUUGGGCUGCAAUGACAGUGGUAAAAAGAAGGUAGUCUGCAUCAAUUGAGUAACACCUCUACAAUCCUUUGAGCUGUAAUGCUGCCUAACGGAAUGGCUUCUGGAAAUCGAGUGGACACAUUAAUCAUUGUCAACAAAUACUGAUUCCCACUUUUUGUUUUAGUUGCAGACUUACAACAAGCGAAUGCAUUGUGAUCUUUCAAUAUGGAUGAACAAAGUCCAAGAAAAUCUCUUCUUCCCUUCUCCAUACGUCUCUCCCACUUCACAGUGCUGGUAUUGAUGGCUCUACUGCUCCUGGUGCUGAAUUUGUAUGGCGUAAUGUAUGAUAAAACUGCAAUAAUUGGAUCUAAGUCGAAAUGGAGGAGAUAUCCAGUUCCAAAGUUUAAUCACACCAUGAGGCAGAAAGCGGAGACAAGGAAUCUCCAUUGGACAGACAAGCUGGUUCAAAAUGGCUACCAGAAUCACAGCUUCACCCCUGAAGAAAGGUCAGAGGGAAUGUUCCUUAUGAAAAUGAUCUAUUGGCCUAAAUCACCCAACUCUGCUGUGCCCUUUCAGAAAAGCAGUGAACCAUUACACAGUCGCUUUGUAAUUUUAAAUUCUGCAAAGACCUUCUAUGUGGGGGAUCAGCUACAAGUGAUGCUGCAGAUGAAUGAUUUUGAAGGUUACCCAAAGCGAUAUGGGGGUGACUAUCUCCAAGCUCAGAUCCACACCCCAGCUUUAAAAGCUGGCUCAGUGGGAACUGUUUUUGACAACCAAGAUGGAUUUUAAUGUAUAAAUUUUACUUUAUUUUGGCCGGGGAAAGUUGAAGUUUCUGUUUUACUGGCUCAUCCCAGUGAAGGGAUCCAGACACUUAAAAGACUACUUGAGGAACGACUAACGAGAGCAUAUUUUCAAAGUAACUUCAAGAAUAGGAACAUUUUAGACACUACUCAAUGUAAUCUUUAUUUGCCUCAGACUGGGCCACUCUGUAACUUUACUGAUCCCAGGACUGGGGAGCCCUAGUUCUGUUACAAACCAAAGAAGCUUCCCUGCUCUGCUCGUAUUAGCUCGACUAUUCUAAUAGAGAAGCACAGAACCAGACUUCUCAACAUUGGAAAGUCAAUUGUAACCUUCGCUUUGGGAUACAGUCUUUAUAUCCUUUUAGGUGCAAUGAUUUGGAGCUCUUAUGAGAUUAAGAAAUUUCACAUGAAUGCUCACUCUCCAGUUCUUGGAAAACGUGUCCGGGGACAGCCCAUUGUUUCACCAUCUGGUUUUUAUUAUAAGGACCAGUGGAUGUCAUCGACCUGCGAUAUUUACCACUUUGACACUCCUGCAAAAAUGACAGACUGUCUUCGUGGAAAAAAAGUUUAUCUGUUUGGAGAUUCCACUAUGUGUCAGUGCGAACUGGAGGCUAGAAUGGAGCAGGGACGGCCAAUGGGAUCGGGGCUCGAGCGGAGCGGAGCGGGGACGGCCAAUGGGAUCGGGGCUCGAGCGGAGCGGAGUGGGGACGGCCAAUGGGAUCGGGGCUCGAGCGGAACAGGGACGGCCAAUGGGAUCGGGGCUCGAGCGGAGCGGGGACGGCCAAUGGGAUCGGGGCUCGAGGGCAGCGGGGACGGCCAAUGGGAUCGGGGCUCGAAUGGAGCGGGGACGGCCAAUGGGAUCGGGGCUCGAGCGGAGCGGGGACGGCCAAUGGGAUCGGGGCUCGAGGGCAGCGGGGACAACCAAUGGGAUCGGGGCUCGAGCGGAGCGGGACGGCCAAUGGGAUCGGGGCUUGAGCAGAGCGGGGACGGCCAAUGGAAUCGGGGCUUGAGCAGAGCGGGGACGGCCAAUGGGAUUGGGUCUCGAGCGGAUCAUUUCCCGUCUCUCGCCUUUGAACUUCCAGCGGCUGUUUUCAAAGGUUGGUUUGUAGACGUCACUUGUCCCAUUUACCAGCCUGUCCACAUGGUUUUAUUUGUUGCUGCCUUCAUUGCUCUUAUUGUCAAAAAGGUUGAGAGAAAUGAAAAUGAGGAAAACUACAAUGAAAACUUGCUUUCUACUAUCAGCAAGUACUCCUGUGUUUUUGCCUCAUUGCACCUCAUUUGUGGAGAUGCUGUUGCUGCUCCUGGCAUGCCCGUUUUGGUCUUCAAUGAAUCAGGAUUGAUCCUCCAGCCUGAUGUGCCGCACAACACCAUGGAGAGUAUCCUAAAUGUGAAGAUGGGAUUUCAUCCGAGUAUUCACAUUGACAGGGGCAUCGGCAGCGGGCAGAUUGGUGACAGUGAGGUCAAUUGUUUCAAACUCAAGCAGCCCAUAUUACCCAGUGGCACAGGAUACGUGAUUGUAGAGCCUUCACCUCGACGAAUGUUACUCAAAUUCAGGCCUUUUUGCAAAAAACUUAUUAUGGUUAACCCUUCAUCACUUAAUGCUGCUCCAGUUCUUGGAAAAUGUGUCCGGGGACAGCCCAUUGUGUCACCAUCUGGUUUUUAUUAUAAAGACCAGUGGAUGUCAUCGACCUGCAAUAUUUACCACUUUGACACUCCUGCAAAAAUGACAAACUGUCUUCGUCGAAAAAGAGUUUCUCUGUUUGGAGAUUCCACAAUGCGUCAGUGGUUUGAAUACUUGAUACAAACGGUUCCAGGUCUGAAAACAUCAGAUCUUGGUAAUCCUAUCAAGAUUGGUCCUCAUCUUGCAGUGAACGUGGAGAACAACAUUGUGGUAGAAUUUCUCCCUCAUGGUCUUCCCAUCCAAUUCCGCACCUUUCCAAGACACCUGCAUUAUGUUUCAAAUGUACUGGAUGAAAUUAGAGGAGGAGAAAACACAGUUAUAGCCAUUACCUUAACAGCCCAUUUCACCCCUUUUCCUGUUGAAGUCUAUAUUCGAAGAAUACAGAAUGUCAGGAGGUCAAUUCUCCAGUUACUCGACAGGAAUCCGGAUACACUGGUUGUAGUAAAGACGGCCAAUGUCCGGGAACAGCCACCACAGAUUUUUGCCUAUUACAGUGACUGAUACGCUUAUCAGAUUGAUUCAGUGAUGAGGACGAUGUUCACAGGCAUUAACGCAGUAUUUGUAGAUGCCUGGGAGAUGACCAUAGCACAUUACCUUCCUCAUUAUAUACAUCCCAGCAGAAUUAUUAUAAAGAAUCAAAUAGAUGUGUUUCUUUCAUAUGUGUGUCCUUCUGUAAAAUGAUUACAUUUCUACAAGAUCAGUUCUAACCAGAGUUUUAAUAUCAUCAUAUGAUUCAAAGUUUAAAUAACACCUUCAUACCUUUGGACUCUGUAUUGCCACUGAUACUGGAUAUCACUGUCUGACACUUGUCCAACAAACCUGGCCAGAAAUGAAUACCUGUGCACUUCACUCAAACUGAGCAAACAAACACACUCUCUUACAAACAUACUACCCUCUCACA